GUUGCCCUUGUCAAUUUUGUGAAUCCCCACAACCAAAAUAGAGGGAAAAAAAAAAAAGAAGCUUUUCAAUCGUCGAGAGGAACGAACGAAAAUGCAGCUGCAAGGGAAGAGCAGUGGAUCUGAGAUGGAGGUGACGUGGCAGGACCAGCAGAACAUUAAUACCUUCAGCCGCUUCAACAAUCGAUUCCAUGAGCUCGAAGACGAAAUCAAAUUCGCCAAGGAAAAGUGUGAUAAUCUAGAGGACGCAGGGAACGAGCUGAUCCUUGCUGAUGAGGAGAUGGUGCGGUUUCAAAUAGGAGAAGUCUUUGCUCAUGUGCCCAAGGACGAGGUGGAAACGAGGAUUGAAGAGAUGAAAGAGGCCACCUGCAAAACCCUUGAGAAGCUCGAGCAAGAGAAGGAAUCACUCAUCUCGCAAAUGGCCGAGCUUAAGAAGUUGUUGUAUGCUAAGUUCAAGGAUUCCAUCAACCUUGAAGAAGAUUGAAGAAUCAUACCUACAUUGCUUCCAACCAACUUGUGUUUCUUAAACAUAUUAGAACGAUAUACAUUUUCAUUUGCAUUAUUAAAUCUAUCAUUCACCAGAAUAGCCAA